AUGGUACCACCUCUGGCCACGCCCUCUACCACACCCACCCGCACAAGCUUGGGGGUGUGGGAUUGGCUGGACUGCGAGUGUAGGAAGCCACCUGCUGCCAUCACAGCCCCUGAUCUGAGAGCCAGGACCCCCUGCCAAAGCCCAGGCGCCCCUCCCACCUGCCUGGACCCUGCUCAGCCAAACCAGCGACCCUUCCCCUCCGCCUGGCUCCGCCCCUCCGCCUGGCUCCGCCCAUCUGCCUGGCCCGGUCCCUGCUCCAGCGCCUGGUUAAACAAAGCUCUGUGUUACAGUAAGGAGGACUCGGAGGCCCGUGUCUGGCGGGGAGACUCGGCUUGGCUGCGGCGGUGCUCCCGGCUGUGCGGUUUGGAGCGCGGCAGCUCCAGACACAACCCGAAGCCGAGCUUCCCCAAGUCCUGGCACCUUCAGCUAGUCAGCAGGAACUUGGCACCCUCUCCAAAUCACACCAAUAACAGAUACCCGAACGCCCACUCCAGAUACUUCCACCCCCACCCCAGAUACACCAACCCUCACCCAGAUACCUCCACCCUCACCCCAGAUACCCCCAUCCCCAACCGAGAUACCCCCACCCCUACCCCAGAUACCCCCAACCCCACUGCAGAUAACCCCACCCUCACCCCAGAUAACUCAACCCUCACCCCAGAUACUCCCACCCCCACCCCAGAUAACACCACCCAGCCCCCACACCUGUAA